AUGGUGGAGUCCUUCAAGCAGAGUCACGCCUUCAAGAAGAGCCACACGACUCGGAUGUACGCGAGGAGCAACCGCGAACGCGCAAAGGAGCUUUCUGAGCAAGGCAAGGCGCACAAGGCAAAGAUGGAACGUCUGAAUGAGCGAGCGAGCGAAUGGAUCUUUGCUAAGAACAACGAGGAUCGGGCACCGGGAGACCCUGUUGACCUUCAUAAUUUGUACGUGAAGGAGGCCAUCACCUACACAGAGCGCGCUGUUCAAGAUGCGCGCCGCCGAGGGGACACGAAGAUCAAACUCAUCGUCGGCAAAGGCCGUCAUUCGCUGCAAGGCGUCGCUAAGCUCAAACCCGCCAUCAAAAGAUUGCUACAGACCCAAGGGCUGGUAGUUGAGCUGGACCCGAAGAACGCGGGCGUCCUCAUUGUCAACCUCGAUGGCCGGUCGACUGACACGGACUCUGUGCUCAGUGUCGACGAUAUUGUUCGGCGCUUCGAAUACUAA